AUGGCGGCCCCCACGGCCCUCUGGGUCGCGGAGCGGGAUGAACUCUGGCGCGGGCGGCGGCAGCGGCGGCGGCUGCGCUGGGGCCGCGGCGCGGUCCCGAGGGGGCAGUCCCGGAGGGGAUGGCUUUGCCCCGUCGGCGCUGGGGACUCGAGAGCAUUGGGAUGCUGUCUAUGAGAGAGAACUGCAAACUUUCCAAGAAUAUGGAGAUACAGGAGAAAUCUGGUUUGGAGAAGAGAGUAUGAAUCGGCUAAUAAGGUGGAUGCAAAAACGCGAGAUUCCAUUGGACGCUUCAGUGCUUGAUAUUGGAACUGGAAAUGGUGUUUUCUUGGUUGAACUUGCAAAAUUUGGAUUUUCUAAUAUUACUGGAAUUGAUUACUCUCCUUCUGCAAUACAGCUUUCUGGAAGUAUUAUAGAGAAAGAAGGUUUAUCUAACAUUAAGUUGAAGGUAGAAGACUUUUUGCAUCUUUCCACAGAGCUGUCUGGAUUUCAUAUUUGUGUUGACAAGGGGACUUUUGAUGCCAUAAGCCUUAACCCUGACAGUGCAAUUGAGAAGAGGAAGCAAUACGUGAAGUCCCUCUCCAGGGUGUUGAACGUCAAAGGCUUUUUCCUAAUAACCUCGUGUAAUUGGACCAAGGAAGAGUUGCUAAACGAAUUCAGCGAAGAACGUUUCUUUGGAGCAGGUUUGAGAAACGGAGACAGAAACAGUUGUGUAGACUUCACAUAAUAGGGGUGUGAAUGAGUAUGAAGUAAGAAAAAUCAACGUGAAGCCACUUAGCAUGAUUCCUAGCAAACGCCAGUGCCAGGUAAAUAUUCUCUCCUCCAAGAAUCCGUCUUCCCAUUGGGGCUGAUAGAUUGACUUGUUUGAGAUUUUACCCCUCAGUGCCACUGAGUUAUGUCUUCAGGUCCACUGUAUUCCAAGAGUGUUUCGAUGGCGGGGAGAGGCCAAGUGGUGGAUAGGUGAGUAAGAGUGAAAAUUUGGAACAGGUGGGCCUUCCAGAAUUUCUUAAAAAACCGUUCUGUGUAGCUGCUGCUGCUUUAGUCAUUUUCAACAAAUGAUCUUUAUGAUGUGUUUUAGCAGACUCUAAGGAUACUCACAUUUAAGGUCGUUAUCUGUUUAAGUGGUAAUUAUUUAGUAAUAAAUGUAGGUAUGAUGGGGAAAAUGUUCAUUUGGAUGCAUUUGAAUUGAAAAACAAAUGGCCAAGGACAUGAUGCACCUUCCAUCAUUAGGUGUGAAUGCUAAGGUGUUAUUUCCAACAAGGGAACUGAGAGCAGGUCCUUCGACUAACCAUGCAUCAGGUUCAAUGAAGGUUGAGUUGGAUUUGGGUCUUACCUGGCAUUGAGGAAGCAGUGGGGCAGGGUUUUAUCAUUGAUUUCCACCUUGCAUCAUCUAGAUUGAAUUUCUUUGAUCAGUGAGUUGUGUUUUGUUUCCUCGUUUUAUGUUGAGUUAACGGUGCCAUUCACAGUGACAUUUCAAAGUUUGAGGUUGGUUAAUACUUUAAAUAGUUUAUCUGAUUUGACCUUAGUUUAUAGCGGAACUGACAGUGUAGUAUGUUGUGUACAUCGAAUCAGUUGUUUAUCCUACCUAGUCUAGAAAACAUUUGGUUUUCAGAUUUGUAUACUUAACCUUUUUUAUUGGUGGGUAAGUGAAUAUCCCAGUGCCUGGACCCGGCUUAGUGUGACUAGAGAAAUACUGGCCAGAAUAGUGUCACUUUCUCUAGUCAUCCUCAAAGAGCUGAAGUCUUUGAACUAUUCUUUAAAAACUCUAUAGAGAUGAGACCAAUGUGAUGAGGUAUGUCCCUAGGAUGGACAUAAUAAAAGCUUCCCUGAGUUAGGGAGUUUAGUGCUGUGGUGGUUAAAUAACCUGGAUUUGAUCACGACUUUUGUUUUUUGGGGAGGGUUUUUUUGUGAAAGUUAAGAGAAGCUGUAAAGUAGUAGUUAAAAAAAGCAAGCUAACUUCUCAUAUCACUUCUUCUUCGUUUCAGGUCAGGGGCAGGGUAUGUGCAUACAAAAUAGGCAAGGCCAGUCCCUCUUAUAAUGGAUACAAUAAAACAAAACAUCUUUGCUUUUGGUUAAAACAGAAGGUUGACAAACUGCUGAGGAGAGUUAAGAAAUUCACAGGCUAAUAUACUACGUGGGGCACAUGUUCUUUUCAUACUGCUCCCAAGGAUGUUCUACCCUUUGGAGCCGGAGACUGAUUAUUUUCCUUGGUAUUUUAAACCCAAAGGAUUCAGUCUUUAGAUUGGGUAUUUAAACUCUGUGAAAUCACAAACUGUAUGUCGUUUCACAGUUUCCUUUCUACAUAAUGAGAAUGAAAUUCACUCGGUUUCAUUUUUAUGGGGAUAGGCAGGAUAGCAGUGGCUUUGAGCAUAUCACUAGGGAUGAGUUAAAAAUAGAUUUUUCUUGAGGCAGUGACAUUAUAUGGCAGACAGUUGACAGGAGAGAAAAAUUAAGGCAAAUUUUGGGCUUGUAUCAUAAAUACCAAAUCUGAAUUCCACUAAAGUCUAUAUAAGAAAAAAAUGGAAAAGUUUUUCAUUUGAAGAUGAUAGCAGAAACAUUUAGUCUGGCUGUGCUGUUGAAAUAUUUUCUAGAUAAAACUCAGUGUAUAACCAUAUGAAGAUACUGUCACUUGUUUUUAGCUGUGUUUUUGGUGGAGGGUCUGAGGCCAAGCUAGGUUAUGGGUGAGUAACCAUGUUAACAGUGAUAUCAAUUAGAGUCUCCUUCAGCUCAGAUCAUAAAUAGAUGAGGGAAAGGUCAGGAAUGAAUUAUGCUUUUCAUUGUUACUAUUAAAAUAGUAACACAGGUUUGGUAAGUUUUACAUACACCAGUAACUUUGAAUGUAAAUUGUGAAGAGCCUUCAUUGUAUUCCUUUUGUUUAUUUACCAUGCAGAAACUUUUCACUGUCUUCCUUUUUCAUGCUGGUGUUUUCUGGUAGCACAUAACACCAAUAGCUACUAUUGCCAAAAAAAAAUAUAUAUAUAUAUAGAUAG